AUAACCUUGUCUUCUUAGGUUUUGUUGUUACAGCACAGGGGAUUAAAGUUGAUGAAGAAAAGGUAAAAGCAAUCAGAGAAUGGCCUAGUCCAACAAGCAUAAGUGAAGUGAGAAGUUUCCAUGGAUUGGCUGGGUUCUAUAGACGAUUUGUUAAAGACUUUAGCACCAUUGCUGCACCUCUCACAGAAGUUAUCAAGAAAAGCGUGGGGUUUCAAUGGAGAGAAGAGCAAGAGGAGGCUUUCCAAACCUUGAAAGGGAAGUUGACUAAUGCUCCUUUGUUAGCACUGCCUGAUUUUUCAAAAACUUUUGAAAUAGAAUGUGAUGCUUCUGGUGUGGGAAUUUGGGCUGUUUUGAUGCAGGAAAAGAGACCAAUUGCUUACUUCAGUGAGAAACUUGGAGGAGCCAUGGCAAACUACCCUACUUAUGAUAAGGAGCUAUACACUUUGCUAGCAACAAUGGAAACCAAACUUUUAGGUUUUGAGCAGAUUAAGUCUUACUAUGCUGAUGAUCCUGAGUUUUGUGAUGUCUAUAAGGAGUGUGAAAAGCAUACUAGUGGCGAGUACUAUUUAGCUGAUGGGUUUCUUUUCAAGGGAAACCGUUUGUGUGUUCCUAAUUGUUCUUUGAGAGAGAUAAAAGAUUUGCAAAAGAUGUGUAACCUGUGUUCAAGCCAAAGCCACAGCUCGUUCCCAAGGUUUUCAAAAAUGGCUCAUUUCAUACCUGGUCAUCAAACUGACAAUGCUCUAGUUGUUGCUGAUCUAUUUUUUAGAGAGGUUGUGCGUCUGCAUGGAAUGCCUAGAACCAUUACUGAAGUAGUAAAUAGAUCCUUGUCCACUCUCUUGCGCACUGUCGUUAAAAAGAAUCUUAGGACUUGGGAAGAUUGCUUACCACAUGUUGAAUUUGCUUACAAUCAUUCCAUUCAUAGAGCCACUAAGUUCUCUCCUUUUCAAAUCGUGUAUGGUUUCAAUCCUUUGACUCCUUUGGACUUGUUGCCUUUACCUCUCAGUGAACAAACUAAUCUUGAUGGCAAGGCCAAGGCCGAGUAUGUUGCUUCUUUGCAUGAGCAGGUUAAGAAGAACAUUGAAGAAAGAACCAAGGAGUAUGAGAAGUUUGCAAACAAAGGAAGACGUGAGCUAGUCUUGGAACCAGGAGAUUUAAUGUGGAUACAUCUAAGGAAAGAGAGGUUUCCUGCCGAGAGAAAGUCUAAGCUAAUGCCUAGGACUGAUGGACCAUUCCGGGUUGAUAGGAAGAUCAACAACAAUGCUUAUCAGAUUGAUCUUCAAGGGAAGUAUACUGUGAGCUUUACUUUUAAUGUAGCUGAUCUAAUCCCUUAUGUUGCAGAUGGUUCGGAUUUGAGGACAAAUCCUUUCAAAGGAGGAGGGCAUGAUGCAACCAGGCUUGAACCAGAUAAAGACUUGGCGCAUAAGGAGCUAAACCAGCUAACUGAUUCUGAUGAGGAGCUGAAUGUAGCUGAUCAGGAGACAAGAGAGUUGAACCAGCUAGAUGUUACUGAUGAGGAAACACUUGAGAAGGAAUCAGAUGGCGAAUUGGAGCUGGUUGACACAAGGAGACCCAUUCACAUUCAGGAAGCCCAAGAAAGCCCAUUCGCUUAUCCUAAGGGGCCAAUCACUCGAUCACAAACCAGAAAGAUGGAGCAAGCAAUUGUUGGUUUGAUUAACUUCAAACCAGAACCAGAAUCUAAUCAAGACCAAGACCAAACCGAAGUCAAGAUGUUCAACUACGUAGUCUUUGGUCUUACUUAG